AUGCAAACUUUUACUAUUUGGCAAAAUGUCCCUCAUCCUGGGAUUCGGCGGAAAAGAGGUAACAAUUGUCAAAACGGGCGAAAUUCCCUACGUUACAGAUUUGUCUACCUUUACAUCGAUCUACACGUAUUGCAACAUCAUUCAGCCGCAGAUCGUUGGAGAUACGAGUGCGCAAUUACUUCGAAGCAUUCCCAUCGAAGGAAAGUAUGGCGAUAUCGUUACGAAAACGUUCACCAACAUACAAUACGUGCCUGUUCAAACGAAAUUCUUCGGAGACGUGAAAAUUCUUUUAAGGAACGACACGAACGAUCCAGUGCCAUUCGAACGAGGGAAGGUGAUAGCGACACUACAUUUCAGACAGCAUACAUACUUCACAUGAGGAAGAUGAAUAAUCCGUACGUACGUUACUUGGAUCAACAACAGGGGCGUGGCAUGCCCGUUCAGGGGCAGCCCAUGGCAGGCCGGGUAUAUGGGCAACAGACAGGGUACGGCCUGGGGAGCCUGUUCCGCAGCGUGGCAAGAACAGUGAUGCCCAUGGUGAAAAGCGGAGCGAAAGCUCUUGGAAACAUCGCCCUAAGAAGUGGCGCCAAUUUUGUGGGCGACAUUCUCGCCAGUAGAAACGUAAAGGAAGCGGCAAAAGCACGAACUGUAGAGGCUGCCAACGUUGCAAAAAGAAAAGCCAUCAAUAAACUAAGGAGUCAAACGGGGAGAGGAAAACGGAAGCGCUCAAAAAGUGUAAAGCGCUCAAGAAGUGUAAAGUGA